CUAAUUAUAUAUGAAAUGAAAGAGUUUUAGUUUUCACCAAUAAAUAUUUUAAACAUAAUCGCUGCAAAAGGAUUCUGUUAUGAGUACAUUGCUAUUUGAAUAGUCUACGAAGAACACGUCAUCAGGACUACUUAAGGUGUUGCUUACAAGACAUUUCUCGUCAACAAAUAGUUUCUCCAACAAAGUAAGUUUUGUUAGAGAUAAACUUUCGACAAAUAAAACAAGUGGUAAAGGCACACGGGAAAUAAAUACCAGUGCGACUGAGUGAAUACUUCCAGAUUGACGUUCCUUAGCAUCUUCAAAACGAAACCAGUUAAUGUCAAAGAAUGGUACAAUCAAUAGGAAUAACCAAGGACAAUGUUGACACCUGGAAGUUGUUUCUUAAGGAUUCUGUCAAAUUUGUUGAUAUGUACCGAAGCCUUCUGGAUACCUAUGUGUUAGAUUUCUUCACGGAAGACUUGUGGAAUCACAUUAAACCAGGCUGGAGGGAAGCGCUGAUUGGGUUAACUCCUUCUCAGCUUGCAGAUUUCUUAUGUGAUAACAGUCAAAGUCCAGAAAAAGUUUGGCCCCUAUCUCUUCAAGCUCUUCGCAUAUCGGCCUUUACGUACACUCUUCCGAGGAAGUCUGUAACAACAGAUGCCUCAUUUAAAGCAUACCUGAAGAAGCACAAAAUUCAGCAGGAUUUAUCAAGUGAAUAUUCAUCUUGCACAACAAAUUUCAAGCAGGGGUCUUUUUGCUCUAAAGCCAGCAACUCUGACACGACAAGGCAGAAUGUAGUAAAUGAUAAUUACGAGACUAAUUUAAGCAAAAAUUAUCCUCUGCAGGAGACGGCGGUUGUAUCCUGGGAAGAGGCCUUUUCUGAACUCAGCCCAAAGACUGGGCAACACAAAUUGUUGCAGCACGUUUUCCGAAGACACCUCAAGCCCAAGAAACAGCAUGAAGUUGCCCGCUUAGCGUACAUUGCUGGAAAUGUUGCUCGGUGUGCUUGCAGCAGUACAAUGGUUGAUGUUGGUUCUGGCCAGGGACAUCUUUCCAGAUUUCUGGCGUAUGGCCAUGACGUUAGAGUCUUAUGUUUAGAAGCUCAAGGUGAAUUUGUCAGAGGUGCAAAAAAGUUUGAUAAUCAGCUGAAGGAGACUGUUGAAAAGAUGCACCGCAAAUAUGAAAAUCUUCCUCCGCUACCACCACCUCCGCGACACACCCACUGUCAUUUAGAACCCAACAUGGACCCUGAAGUAUUUAGAGAGGUCGUGACCAGUGCUUGGCCAGAAUUAGAAUCUUGUGGAUUUGAGCAUGGACUUCUGGGUCUUCAUACAUGUGGAGAUCUUGGACCAACUUUACUCCGUAUCUUUGCAAAUUCUCCAGCGUGUCAUGGUGUUGUAUCAGUUGGCUGCUGUUACAUGAAGUUAACUGUGAAUGAUACAGGCAUUGCCUAUCCAGGCUAUCCAAUGAGCAAGUUUGUUCAGUCACUGAAAGGCAAUCACCUGAGCUAUGAAGCAAGGGAAGUUGCAUGUCACGCCAUCGAAAUGUACUCACAGCGUCUGCAUUUGGGUGCGGAUAACCUCAAAGUUCAUUGUUAUCGAGCAGCAUUAGAGGAUAUCAUUGUGAAACAUUGGCCUGAACAUCGUCAUGCUGGGUUGCGUUCCGUUAACCAUGCUCACAAAAUGGAUUUUGCAGAGUAUGCAGAAGCUGCUGUGAGCCGAUUGAAGAAUGUUAGUCUCAACAAAGAGGAUUUAAAUAGUGAGAAAACUAAGGAAAAUCUUAGUCGAUGGAUGCAGGUAAGAUAGUUGGAAGGAUUUUUU